AUGGCGGAUCUUCAGUCUAUCGCCCAGCUCCUCGCAGCGAGCAGUGACCGCACGCAAACGAAACAAGCCGAGGCCGCUCUUCGUCAACAAGAGAGUAACCCAAACUUUCCCAUAUCGCUCCUUCAGAUCACCGCCUCCGAUUCUUAUCCUUUAGGGACUCGCCUGUCUAGUGCGAUUCUCUUCAAGAACGUUAUUCGACGGAACUGGACCGAUGAGGAUGGAAACUAUAAGCUCCCACUCGAGGUAGUGGGUACGCUGAAACAAGAGCUCAUCAACCUGAUGAUCUCUGUGCCACAGGUGCUACAAACGCAAUUGGGAGAAGCUGUUAGUGUAAUUGCGGAUAGUGAUUUCUGGGAACGAUGGGAUACGCUUGUCAAUGACCUUGUUUCCAAACUCCAACCCGAUAACCCUUCUGUCAACAUCGGCGUCCUGCAGGUCGCGCAUUCGAUUUUCAAGAGAUGGAGGCCUCUAUUUCGGUCGGAUGACCUUUACAUAGAGAUUAACCACGUUCUAGAGAGAUUCGGCACUCCUUUCUUGACGCUCUUCCAGGGGCUCGAUACUUAUCUCGAAACGAAUAAGUCGAAUAAAGAUCAACUCACUCAGGGGUUUACGCAACUAAAUUUGAUGGUUAAGCUGGUUUACGAUCUUUCUUGCCAUGAUCUCCCGCCGAUGUUCGAGGAAAACAUGAGCGGAUUAGCGCAAAUCCUGCUCAAAUAUCUCACAUAUGACAAUCAAUUGCUUCAUACAGACGACGAUGCCGAGUCUGGACAACUAGAGUAUGUCCGAGCGGGGAUAUUCGAGGUCCUAACACUUUAUGUGCAAAAGUAUGGAGAUGAGUUCCAGCCAUACAUACAGCAAUUUGUGGAAAGCUCUUGGAACUUCCUUACUACAAUCGGACAAGAAACAAAAUACGACAUUCUCGUUAGCCGGGCCCUGAAGUUCUUGACUUCAAUCGCCGGCAUGCCUCAACAUGCACAGAUUUUCCAAGCAGAAAGCACCCUCGCUCAGGUUAUUGAGAAGGUUGUCUUGCCGAACGUCAGCCUUCGUGAAUCAGAUGAGGAACUUUUCGAGGACGAACCGAUUGAGUUUAUCCGGCGAGAUCUCGAGGGUUCAGACAGUGACACGAGGCGACGAGCUGCUACGGAUUUCUUGAAGCAAUUGAAUGCGAACUUCGAGGCAUCGGUUACGAAGGCAGUUUUGCAAUACAUUGAACACUACCUAAACGAGUACGGGAAAUCACCACAAUUGAACUGGAAAGCCAAGGAUACCGCAACUUAUCUUUUUAUCGCGAUUGCAGCGAAGGGGGUUGCAACUGCCACACACGGAGUAACGACCACUAACAGCCUUAUCAGCAUUACUGAUUUUUUCCAAAAGAACCUCGCUGCUGACUUGGUUUCUGGAGAUGGUGUGCAUCCGAUUCUCAAGGUUGAUGCUAUCAAGUAUCUUUACCUCUUCCGCAGUCUUAUCACCAAGGAGCAAUGGCAGGAAGUGUUUCCCUUAUUGGUGAACCACCUUGGCUCUUCUAACUUUGUCGUAUACACCUACGCAGCCAUUGCGGUUGAACGGGUGCUAUAUUUCACCGACAACCAAGGACAGCCCAUCGUUUCCCCGGACACAAUCAGACCUCUAGCCAAGGACCUAUUGGAGCAUAUUUUCUCUUUGAUCCAGAAGAACCCUGCUCCUGAGAAAGUGCAGGAAAAUGAGUUCAUUAUGAAAUGUGCUAUGAGGGUUCUGAUUGUAAUCAAGGAGGGUGUAGUCCCCAUUACAGACAAUGUGCUGGCACAUUUGAUCAACAUUACUCAAAUAAUAAGCGGCAAUCCAAGCAACCCGAGGUUCUACUACUAUCACUUUGAGACAUUGGGUGCCUUUAUUCGGUUCGCUGCUCCCUCGAAUCCCGACAAGCUUGAGCAGGCUCUCUACCCUCCAUUCUCUGCCGUUCUCCAGGCGGAUAUAGCAGAAUUCGUUCCCUACAUCUUUCAGCUUUUUGCUGCCCUCUUAGAGGCUAAUCCCUCAGGUACUUUGCCAACCUAUUACCACGGGCUCAUUGCUCCCAUUCUGGCACCUCAGGUGUGGGAAUCAAAGGGCAAUAUCCCCGCGCUUGUGCGACUCCUAUCGUCCAUCAUUGCUCGGGGCUCGCAGCAUAUUCUAGAGAACAAUCAACUUAUCAACACGCUUGGUAUUUUCCAAAAGUUGCUUUCGUCCAAAACGAACGAAGGAUACGGAUUCGAUCUUCUGGAGGCUGUGAUUGAGCACUUUCCUUCGGCGGCACUGGAACCGUUCUUCAAGGAUAUCAUGCAAAUCAUCCUCACUCGCCUUCAGAAUCACAAGACCGAGAGUCUUACUCUCCGAUUCGUGCGGUUUUACCACUUCAUGUGCGCGAAUGACGCCAAGGGAUAUAGCGCCGAUUUUGUUAUCCAAGUCAUUGAUAAAGUACAGGAAGGUCUAUAUGUUCAGCUAUACCUGAACAUCAUUCUACCGGAAUCACAAAAGCUCGCGCGCCCGAUGGACCGCAAGACCGCAGUGAUAUCAUUUACCAAAACACUGGCAAAUUCCGAAGCAUUUGCAGUCAAGUAUAAGAAGGGAUGGGGUUUCACGUGCGAAGCUCUUCUCAAGCUUCUGGAGCUUCCGCCUUUGCCGGCUAGCAAGGACGACAUCAUUGCCGAGCAUGACGUUGAAGACAUGGCGUUCGGUGUCGGAUUCACAGCUCUUGUCACGAUACGGCCCCAGGCCAGGGAUCCUUGGCCCGACACCGGAGCCGACCUAAAGCUCUGGGUUGGAAAAUACCUAAAGGAGGCGGACCAGAGACAUGGGGGGAAAAUCUCAGGAUUUGUUCAAGAGCGGUUAGGGGAGCAAGCCAAGGCGAUGCUCAGCAGUUAUAUUGCGUGAUAUUCUUCCGAGACAGAGGAUUGCUUCAAAAUACUAGUACCUCUCCCUGAUUGGAAUAAAAGUCAAUGGCACGAUAAUUAAAUAUAG